AUGUAUUCAUCAAAGUUCUUUACUGUGGCCGCGGCUACUUUGGCGUUGAUAGCUCCUUCUGUCGCACUUUACGAUGCAUCAUCAUCAGCAAAUUUGGCUUUAUAUUGGGGUUCCGGACCGUUUCAAGCAAAUAUUUCACACUAUUGCGAACAAUCUACAGUAGACAUCAUUCCAUUGGCUUUUAUGAAUGUGUUCCCUGCGCAGGGUAAUGGUUAUCCAGCGGAGAACUUUGGUAACGCUUGUUAUGGUCAACCAAUAUUCACACCAGGUCCGGGUUAUCCAUUUGGAGACGUAGAUACGUCGAAAGAUCAACUUUACGUACAAUGUCCAGGAAUCCAAGAAGGAAUCCCUUACUGUCAAUCACUGGGCAAAAAGAUAUUACUUUCUCUUGGGGGAGCCUCUGCCACUUAUCAACUCACAGGUGUUGCUGAUGGGGAAUACUUUGCAGAUUUCUUGUGGGGAAGCUAUGGACCUUUCAAGCAAUCAUGGUUGGAUGCUGGUGGAAUUCGACCGAUGGACGGUGGUUACUACGGCACAGAUCCCACCAUUCAUGUUGAUAUUGAUGGAUUUGACUUCGAUAUCGAAAUCGCUCCUACCGAUUCCUCUGAAGGUUAUAUUGCGAUGAUUAACAGACUUCGAGAACAUUUCUCUGAGAAUCCCUCGAAGAAAUACUUGAUUUCCGGAGCUCCGCAAUGCCCAUUACCGGAACAAAAUAUGGGAGCCAUGAUCGCUGGCGCACAAUUUGAUCUUUUGUGGAUUCAGUUCUACAACAAUGAUUGGGCUCAGUGCACAGCUCGCCAAUGGGCCGACAACUAUGCUUUGAAAGGACAAGAAAACUCCGCAGAAUUCACACACGAUCAAUGGGUCUCAACGAUCAAUAGUGGUGCAAGUGCAGGUGCCACAAUCUAUCUUGGCCUCCUCGGUUCUCCUUUAGCCGGAACUGCCACUGACUACAUCUCUCCACUUGAGGCACAGAGUUUGAUUGAAUCUUAUCACGACAAACCUCAGUUCGGAGGUGUCAUGGUUUGGGAAGCGACAUAUUCCGAAGAGAACGCAGAUGCUGAGCUUAACGGGCAAUCUUAUCACGCAUUUGUCAAGUCUUGUUUGUCUCCUUACGCACCUCUUCCUAUCUCGACCAUUAGUAGUUCUAGCUCCACAUCGGAGGUCUCUAUCACUUCUACUAUCUCAUCGUCAAUUGAGUCACCCGCUACCUCAAGUAACACUCCUUCGAUCUCAUCGAUCUCGUCCUCAAUUUCAGAGUAUCCCGCUGAACCAUCUUCAACUUCCUCGGAAUCCUCAGUUUAUUCAUUUGAGUCUUCUGCUGUGCCAUCUUCAACUUCGUUAGAAUCAACGGUUUAUCCCUCAACUUCCUCCUCGUCGGCUUUCCCAACUGCGACUUCAUCUGCCUAUUCAGUUCCAGGAUAUUCACACAAUGCCGCGUCUCGUUUGACCCAUUCUUUCAAGCCAGUAGGAAGUGGCACAUUGCCAGUGCAUUCUUCCAAGCCCACAGAUAGCGACACAUUUACCGGAUACUCUUCUAAAUCAACAGAUGUCGCGACAGGCCACAGCUCAAAGUCUCACUCGUCUAAGCCAUCAUCCAAACCAUCUUCUGGCCACACUGCUCCAGGAUACUCAUCUAACUCCACUUUCAGUAGUAGUACCAAAUCGACCAAACCAUAUCCUACCAAGUCUGUUGUGACAGGUACUGGAGAAUCUACCAAACCAUAUCCUACUAUAUCGUCUGUGGCCGGUACUGGGGAAUCCAGUAAGCCAUAUCCUACCAAGUCUUCUGUGAUUGGUACUGGGUACUCUGGCAAGCCAUAUCCUACUAAGUCCUCUGGAACUGGUACUGGAGCAUCUACCAAGCCAUACCCUACCAAGUCAUCUGUGAUUGGCACCGGUCAAUCCAGCAAACCGCACCCUAUCAAGUCUUCUGGAACUGGUGUAGGAUCUUGCAAGAGCAAAACUAAGACCAAGACCAAGAAAUUAUCUACAGGUCCAUCAGGAUACCCAGGAUCUAGCUCCUCUAUCGAAAUCUCAUCGACAGUGCCAUAUGGAAACGUUACUUAUAGCCACUCGAGAACCAAGCCAGCUUCUAGCUCCACUUCUUCCGCUGAAGGGGUUACUGUAUCGUCAACUAGUGCUUCUCAAACUGGAUCUACUGCAACCGAAUCUACUGUGAUAGGAUCUUCAACAACUGAUGUCAGUGAGAUGACAUCUGGAUCUGCUAUAAGCACCGGAUCUGUAUCAUCAGGAACUGUCUCUGUCUCUGCCAGUGGAUCGAUUUCAUCUGGGGUCGCCUCGAUUACAUCGGUCGUCCAGUACACUACAUCUACGGCCUAUGUCACCUCUAUUUACAUCAUCACAUCGUGUGCUGCAACUGUAACAGAUUGCCCGGCAAGAAUUGGAUCUGUAACCACCGAGACAAUCUCCUCUUACACCACUGUUUUCCCUGUGAAAGAGACCGAUGGAAGUGGUGGUGUUGUUAGCUCGACAUCUCCCGCAAUUGUAGUACCAGCCUCGACCACUGCACCUAUUGCUUAUGGAACUUCAACUGUCUACCAGACAUCUUUUUACACUAUCACUUCAUGUGCUUCAAGUGUAACUGAUUGUCCAGCCAGAUCUGGCCAUGUAACAACUGAAACCAUCUCAUCAUACACUUCCGUGUAUCCAAUCUCCGUAUCUAACACUCCUAUCAAUAUUCCUAGUUCAGAAGCUUCAUCUGCUGUUGGAACUUUGACCUCAUUUCUCGUACCUGAAGCUUCGUCUAUCGCUGAAGUAUCCCCAUCAAUCACAACCUCCGAAGCUAUCGUCCCAUCGAAUCUAUACACGACCAAGAUUUCAACUCUCGUCGGAUCCCAAACUAUAACCAUUUCCGCGGUUAUCGCCCCAUCCACAAUUACCGUUGCCCCUGUCCCAGUAGCAUCCACCACCCUAGUACCACCAUACGGUGCUGGAAAUGGAACACUCGCUGGAACUGGGAGCUCAUCUGCUAGUGGCGUCACACGUGUGUCAAAGCCAAGUUCAUAUGUUAUCAAGGCGGAAGGUGGAGGCAGUACUCAGACAUCAGUACCAAGUCCUACGGCUAUUACGUUUGAGGGAAGUGGUAGUAAAAUAUUGUUAGACUAUUGUUCUCAUCUCAUACGAGCGGUUAUCGCAGAUCUAGAUGCUGAACUGGGCAAAAUAGAAGUCAGUAAGGUCAAUCAUCCAGCUGUAUAUAGUGUAGGAAGACUAGAUAGUCUGAAGGAGAGGAUUCGACCUGAUGAGAGCUCGAGUGUCAGGAUGCGGAAAACAAAUAAGGAGAGGGAAUGCAAGGACUUAAACCACGUAGCGGAGCUCAAAGACAUUCCUCAGAAUGAAAUGGAACAAGAUUUGUCAAUCUACACCACUACCAACACUCUCCCUACCGAAGUGAGUGCCCGAUUACGCGGAAUAUUUUCUCCAGAUGACAAGCCCUCGCCGAUCACAGAGCAAGCAUUGGAAAGUCUACAGGAAUUUGAUGCCGAUUCGAUCGCUAGCCCGACUGUACCAUGGCCACUUUAA